UACAUUGAUAGCUGUUUUCCUCUUUCUCUGCAAUUCAAACUACUUAGUCUUUGACUGUACUGUGCCUGCCUGCUACUCUUUCUUCUCUUCUUUUUUAUAUUAUUUUUGUGAUCCUCUGAAUUUGUCAAAACAAAACACAAUCUCUUUUGGUUUUGGGUCUAUUUCAUUGUUGUUAAUUUAAUGCUUCUCUUUGCAACAUGCUGUUAUUAUAAUGACUCUUUUACUUCCCAUACUCCACUCCAGUCGGAGACAUUUCCCAACUUUCGCUACUCUCUUUGGGUCUUCUUCUUCUUCUUCUUCCUCCUCUCCACUCGCUUUUUAUAUCUUUUUCUUACCCUCUUGAUUAUUUUUCUCUUCUUAUCAGAAUUUUGCUUUUCAGCUUGCCAUUUUUUCCUUUGCAAGUUGUUGUAGUAAUAAUCUCAGUUUUUUCUCAAUCUUGAUCAUGAUAAAUGUUGGCAAUUUUUUUGAAUUGCAGAUAUGGAUUUCAUUUGUUCUUUGUUUAAUAUAUUUUUCUUUUGGUUUUACUCCUAUAGACAAUUAUCUAAUAGACUGUGGUUCCUUCACAAAUACAUCUGUUGAUAAUCGUGUAUUUGUUUCUGAUAACUCAAGUUCCAUCCAUCUUUUUACUCAACAGAACAUUUCUGCUAAUAUUAGCUUCAGUUCUAUCUCAUCAAACAGUAAUUAUUCAGCUUUGUAUCACACUGCUAGAAUUUUCACUGGACCCUCCACUUACUCGUUUCCAAUCAAACAGAAAGGGAGACAUUGGAUUCGCCUCCAUUUCUUCCCUUUUCUGUAUGAAAUAUACAAUAUGAGCUCGGCAAAAUUCUCUGUUUCCACACAAAGUUUUACCCUUAUCAGGGAAUACCAAUCAGGGAAUAAUGGUUCUUUAGUUAAAGAAUACUCUUUGAACAUAACUUCUGAUAAGCUUGCUGUCACUUUUACUCCACUUGCAAAUUCAUUUGCGUUUUUAAAUGCUAUUGAAUUUUUUUCGCUUCCUGAUGAGCUCAUCCCUCAAGGCGCCACAACUAUUGGCUCUCAAAAUGGUUACCAAAAUCUGCAGAAGCAGGCCUUGGAGACAGUUGUGAGGGUAAAUAUGGGUAAUCAAGUUGUGUCUCCUCAAACUGAUCCAUUGUGGCGGCUUUGGGUUGCUGAUGAUGCAUUUCUAGCGCAUAAUGGAUUAGCUAAGUUUGUGUCGAAUGUCGAAUCUGUCAAUUUCACCGGAGAAAAGCCAACUGAGCAAAUUGCUCCAGCUGAUGUCUAUGGCACGGCCACGAUGUUGAACUCAGAGCAAAAUCCUCAUACAAAUGCAAAUGUAACAUGGAUAUUUCAUGUGGAUUCUGGCUUUGAAUAUCUAGUUCGGUUUCACUUCUGUGAUAUAUCCAAUGCCUCUCAACCAUACCUAUUCAAUGUUUAUAUCAAUACAUGGUAUGCUUCUCAUGAUUUUAAUCUUCAAAACUUUACUACCAAAACCAAAGGUGCCCCAUUCUAUAUGGAUUUCAUCAUAAGAGUGAGUGAUAGCCAUAAGCUAAGUGUGAGUGUUGGUCCUUCUACUACAGUGGAAAGUUACCCAACUGCAUUUCUUAAUGGUUUGGAGAUCAUGAAGAUAAACAAUUCUAGAGGCAGCUUUGAUGUCUUGGAAUCUGAAUCUAAUUUCUCAACCAGUUCCAAGAUCAGAGUCAGUCUUAUUGUGGGAUUGGCUGCUGGGUUAUUUUUCAGCAUUGUUUUGGUUUCAGUUCUCUUCCUACUGUGCAGAAGAAGGAAAAAACUAGCACAAAUUGAUCAUAUGAAGGCAGAGGACAAGUUUGCCAUGAAUGGAGGAGGUGUUACUGCCAUCUUUUCCAGCACAAAGACUGGCUAUCGCUUCCCUUUUGUUGUGAUUCGGGAGGCUACUGAUAAUUUUAAUGAAAGCUUGGUCAUUGGGGUUGGAGGUUUUGGGAAGGUUUAUAAGGGAGUCUUGAGAGAUGAAACUAUGGUGGCAGUGAAGAGGGGAGGUUCUCAAUCACAUCAGGGUCUUGCAGAAUUCAGGACUGAGAUUGAAAUGCUAUCUCAGUUUCGUCACCGACAUUUGGUGUCUUUGAUUGGGUACUGUGAUGAGCAAGAUGAGAUGAUCAUUAUCUAUGAGUACAUGGAAAAUGGUACCCUUAAGGACCAUCUUUAUGGCUCAAACUUUCCCAGCUUAAGUUGGAGGCAAAGGCUUGACGUAUGCAUUGGAUCGGCUAGAGGACUUCACUAUCUUCAUACCGGCUCCACAAAGGCAAUUAUUCAUCGUGAUGUCAAGUCUGCAAACAUACUACUUGAUGCAAAUUUCAUGGCCAAAGUAGCUGAUUUUGGUCUUUCAAAAACUGGCCCUGACUUAGAUCAAACUCAUGUCAGUACUGCAGUGAGAGGCAGCUUCGGUUAUCUUGAUCCUGAGUACUUGACAAGACAAAAACUAACCGAAAAAUCAGAUGUGUACUCCUUUGGGGUGGUUAUGCUUGAAGUUCUUUGUGGGAGACCUGUGAUUGAUCCAUCACUUCCAAGAGAAGAGAUGGAUUUAGUUGAAUGGGCAAGCAAGUGUCAGAAGAGUGGUCAUUUGGGGGACAUUGUAGAUCCUAAGAUCAACAACCAAAUAAAACCAGAAUCCCUGAAGAAGUUUGGAGAGACAGCUGAGAAAUGCCUGGCCAGGUGUGGACUUGAUCGACCGUCUAUGGGAGAUGUCUUAUGGAACUUGGAGUAUGCGCUUCAACUCCAAGGGAAUGAAGAAAAAUGUAGUCCUAACGGUGAGAUACCGUUGCAAACAAAUCUUGUCAACCAGUCACACACCACUAUGUCCAUCUCGGAAUUUAGCAUGGGAGGUAUGCAUGACCUUGCUGGCAUUUCAAUGAGUAAGGUUUUUGCACAAAUGGUGCAAGAGGAAACAAGGGAGAGCUAUUGAAGUUGUGUACUCAACCAAGAAGUUCUGAAGUCUUUCACAUUUUUUUUUGGUACAGAAAGGGAUGGUGUAGUUUAAUGGCAUGCAUGUAGUACGCAUGCCAAUUAAUUCUUGGUAUGCAAGAAAGAUUCAGAAAUGAAGUUGCUUAAUGUUGUUUUGUCUAGUGUAUAAGCACAGUUAAACAGAGUCUCCUUGCUAGCUUUUGAUUCUUCUUUAAUGAAUUGGUUGUUUGCCUCUUUUUGUCAAUAGAAUUGGAGGGGUUGUUCAAGGGAACAAAAAAUCUGCCUCAUUCUUUGA